CACCGAUACCGAUGAUCAUUUUGAUCAUUUUCAUGCGCAAUUGCACCACGACCAUCACAAAACUAGCGCACACAGAAUCCUAGAGGCCUUGCCGCACGAUCACGAGCACAAGCAGAAUUCUAAGGGCAAGCUUGAUGAAAUCAAGGCUGCACGCAGAGCAGGACAAAGGAAGAAAAGCACGUCGGGUGCAGAUGGAAGGGCGUCGAUGGUGAACAGUAGCGGCGGAGGGGGUGGAGGAUCUCCUUCGUCCACCUUAGGAGUAAGUCGUAGUAGCGGUAGCUACGAGGAGCAGGAUGGUACAACUAGCAAUAGUCCUGGUGGACCUGGAGGGCGUGCUAGCACAUCAGCUACUGGAGGAGUGACCACUUCAACGAUGAAUCAGUACAACUAUCAAGAACAACCAUUUAGAUCUUCUGCAGCUGGCUCGUCCGAUGCUGCGGCAAGACUAUCUUCUCCUUCUGCGCGUGUGAUAGAGGCAAGCGGUGAUAACGGUAAUAACACAGGGCUAUUCUCAACCGUGACCAAGGGAGUUACCAAUCUUGCCUUCGGUGCCUAUGAAUCGCUAUUCACGCAGACUGUGGAAGACGAAUACAGCUUACUGGUGAAAGCGCUGCAAGACACUGCGGAUGCGCAACAGCAAGAGGCUGAAGACAUGGGUCUAGUAAUGCCUCCCUUGACACCACAGAGGAACUCCAUGAGAGGUCUAAGCAUGCAAGGAGUAGGAGGGCCAGUUACGUCAGCAGGAGCGCCAUUUCUAGGGCAAUCUCCAGCAUCGGCUGGAGGAUUUACGUCAGCAGGAGCGCCAUUUCUAGGGCAAUCUCCAGCAUCGGCUGGAGGAUUUACGUCAGCAGGAGCGCCAUUUCUAGGGCAAUCUCCAGCAUCGGCUGGAGGAUUUGUUGGCUCUCCAUUGACUCCCCGCAGUUCGGGUGUUGGACCACAACAGCUGCAUCAACAAAAUACAAGUGGCGGUAUUGUUCCGACGUCUCCCAUGCCGAUGGCGAUGAACAAUUUUAGCCCUGCUCAAGUACAACAGCAGCAAGCAGCGUUGUUGAUGGCGCAGCAACAAGCUCAAGCACAAGGUCCUCUUCAGGCAAGUUUUAUGAUGCCGCAACAACAAGCAGCAGGAGGUUUCAUGAUGCCGCAACAGCAACAACAAGGCAUUACGUUGUCCCCGCGGCAGCUUCAACUGCAACAACCACAAAUGUUUAACAU